AUGCUAACGGUGAAGCCAGGUCGGCGAGCCGAUCCCCGAUAGCCGUUCACCCAUCAGAGAUGAAAGCUGGUUUUGAUGGAGGCUGACCGGGGGGGGCGGAAGACCACGAUGGCGCGGCAACGUAGUUUCAGCUAGGAACCGACGUCGCGUUCAACGCUCCUCGAUACGCUCGCGCGCAGCCCCGGAGCACGGAAAGGAACAGCACGAUAUGCAGUCAUGAAGCGGGUUCGCACUGAGCAGAUCCAGUACGCGGUGGCUCAGUACCUGAAGCGGAGGCAGUAUGUGGACACGGACGGCUCUCUGAAGGGGGCCAAGCUCUUCCAGUCUGCGGAGGAGAUGGCUGCCAGUCUCACAGUGCAGACGGAGUCGGGCAGCACCAACGUCGUCUCUGCUGCUCCCUGCCAGUCCGACCCGCAGCAAUACGAGACCCAGUUCUCCCGGCUGCGCUCCUUUCUGUCAGAAACGGACAUAUCCUGGGCGAAGGAAGUGAGCGGCGUCCUCUACCCGCUCUUCGUCUACCUCCACCUGGACCUGGUCCACUGCGGCCUGAAGGGGGCGGUGGACGGCUUCUACGGCCGCUUCCACGGCGCCUUCCUCCAGGACGGCGAGCAGCGCGCCACCAUCGAGCAGCUGCGCCACGUCCUCACGGCGCAGGACGUCGCCGCCAACCCCAAGCUGAGCGCCUUCCUGGAGCACAAGUACGUGGUGCACCUGGCGGAGCCGGCCUACGUCUACCUGCUGCGCUACCUGCAGAGCGAGGACAACAGCGCCCUCUGCAGGGCCCUGAGCACACACCUGCAGGUGGAGGUCACGGCCUCCAGGCGCACGGACUACCAGCUGUACGAAGCCGCGGGCGGGGCGACGGCCGCCAACGCCGCCGCCGCUCCGAACUCCGCCUCCUCCUGGGCGGGGGCGGACGGCGUGGCGGAGGGCGGCGCGACGGCGGGGGUGGAGGUCCCCGCCGGGGUCCCUCAGAGCGAGGCGGCCCUGGAGACCCUCCAGGACUGCAUCAAGAAGGUCCGCGAGGGGCCGCCCACGCUCACCACCGUGUGCUUCUACGCCUUCCACCACACGGAGCAGACGCUGAACACGGCGGAGGUGUCGGCCGACAGCCGGCUGCUGGCCGCCGGCUUCGACAGCUCCGCCGUGAAGCUGUGGAGCCUCCGCGCCCGGAAGCUGAAGGCCGCGCCGCGCCAGGCCGACGUGUCGCUCAUCCACCUGGCCUGCGACGUGCUGGAGGAGGAGGUGGAGGAAGCCGACGGCUCCGGCAGCGAGCUCAAGACGCUGCGCGGCCACAGCGGCCCGGUGUUCCGCACCGCCUUCCUGACGGACGGCUCCGGCCUGCUCUCCUGCUCCGAGGACACCACCAUCCGCUACUGGGACCUGGGCCGCUUCACCAACACGGCGCUGUACCGCGGCCACGCCUACCCGGUGUGGGACGUGGACGUGAGCCCCUGCAGCCUCUACUUCGCCAGCGGCUCGCACGACCGCACGGCGCGCCUCUGGACGUUCUCGCGCACGUACCCGCUGCGCCUCUACGCCGGCCACCUCGCCGACGUCGACUGCGUCAAGUUCCACCCGAACUCCAACUACCUGGCCACGGGCUCCGCGGAUAAAACCGUCCGCCUGUGGAGCACCCAGCAGGGGGCGUCGGUCCGCCUCUUCACGGGCCACCGGGGCCCCGUGCUGUCGCUCGCCUUCUCGCCCAACGGGAAGUACUUGGCGUCCGCCGGCGAGGACCAGCGGGUGAAGCUGUGGGACUUGGCGACGGGGACGCCGUUCAAAGACCUGCACGGCCACACGGACGGCGUCACCAGCCUGUCCUUCAGCCCCGACAGCAGCCUGGUGGCGUCGGCGUCCGCGGACAACUCGGUGCGCGUGUGGGACAUCCGGAACUCGCACGGCGGGACGCCGGCGGCCGACGGCUCGUCCGGCGAGCUGGUGGGACUGUACACGGGGAACACCAGCAGCGUGCUGAACGUCCAGUUCAUGGCGUGCAACCUGCUGCUGGUGACGGGGACCGCGCAAGAGAAAGCGGAACAGUAGCCCCGCCUCCUCGCGGCGGCGCCGUCUCUUCUUCUCUGAAAAAGCCUGAAUGUCUCCGGAUGUCUGUUUUCAAUGUUCUUCCCAAAAUCCGAUUAUUUUUGUUUUAGUUCUCGGCAUUUAAAAGUCUUCUCCUUUUUCAAAACUUUAGAUCUUCAGCUCUAGCUGAAUGCUGAUUGGUCCUCGGGGUCUAAUUGCCAAAGCGUCCUCACUAGAUGUCAGUAUUACAUAAGUUCCGGGGUCUGGUGCCUUUUUGGUGGUCCAAAAACUGUUUACUCUGCUGUCAUGCACAAGUUUUAUUAUCUAUUACAGCAGCAUGUGACCUGUUUUUGAAGAAAAAAAAUAUAAAUAUUUUUCUUGUUGAAUAAAAAAAAAAAAAAUCUAUAUACAAAAUUUGACAUUUUGCAAAAAUCAGUUUGACCAUAAACUUGUUUAUUAACUGAAGUGAGAACAUGAGGAAACGGGCAGUCACAUCGGUGUUGCACUGGCGAGUAUUAUGGGAUGGCGUGGUGGUCAGAAUAUCAGAAGAACCCUCUUCAAGCUUCAAUCUCCAGGCUGUGUUUAGCCUAGCUUAGCACAAAGACUGGAAGCGGGGGGGAAACUGCUAGCCAUCGCAAAUAUGAAGAAAACAAAAAUAUAUAGAUUAUAUAUUUGCACCUUCCUACAACUCUGGACCCGUCUUAUUGACACGCAGGUGUAGGCUGAACGUGUGAGGAGGGCGGAGCAUCGUUGAGCGUUUGCUUCUCGCGGUCAUGGAAGAGUUUUACGACCAAAGUAUCAACACAAGUCUUUAAUUUCUUUGAGCGCCGCAGGACAAAGCUGCCCAAAUAAAUCUGUGAACAUAUUCAAUCGGAACAGAAAAGGUCUGAAAUAAACACGACUAAUUGAACGCUGAAUGUCGGGAGCUUCUGGGAAAUGGAGGGUUUGACGUGGUGGAAGAAGUACUCUGAUAUGUGACUUAAGUGAAGUACUAAUAUCGUUAAAUGCUUUAACAACAACAACAUUAGUUUGUUUGUGUUCAGGCUGUAUUUUUAGUUAUUAGAGUAUUUACAAAUGUCAAUAUCAUUUUCAAAGGACUAGUGGAACACGAGAAGGUUAUUCUGGUUUCACUUUGGCUCUUCAAGACAACAAAGAGGCAUUCUCUUAAAAUGCAGGACUGUCCCUUUAAAUGUAUUUUUCUGCCUGCCUCCCCAUUAAAACAUGUGUUUAUAUAUAUAUAUAUCACAUAACCUAUGCUUUGCAUUGACGCUCCUGAAGGUGAAAGGGCCUCGAAGGUGUAACACAAGUCAAGUGGCUGUUUGACACCAGAACAGGAAGUGGUUGUUUCUGUAGGUUUUGAGUCAUAAAAUUAAAAAAAGUGUAAUUAGCCUUCUAAGAAUCAACGGCUGUAUUUUUUGUUGCACUUUUCUCAGUGGCAUGAACGGUGCAAUGUUAAAAAAGAUUUUAUAUACAUGUAUGUGUGUAUAUACAUAUAUAUGUGUGUGUGUAUAUGUAUACUGUAUUUUUUUAAUAUUUUGUCUCCCAAGAGUUGACAUCCAGGUUGAGCUAAAGGGCUAAAACAAUACUGACCUAAAAAUUGAUUACAUUAAAGUGUGUUUGUUUAAAAUAUAAAUAUAUACUUAUAUUAUUUAUAAUAUAUAUCUAUAUUAUGUAUCUUAAUUAUAUAUAUAUUAGUUAUUUUCGAUCAUUCAUUCAUAAAUCCAGCCUGGAGUACUUUUUUGUUUGUCGACCCUCUUGUUGCUCCUGUAGCCCAAAGCAAGGAAUAAAUAACAGAAUUUAUUUGAA